AUGGGCAUUGACAGUAUGCCGCAGAGGCCGAAUCUGCAGAUCGAAGCGGGGGCAGGCGAGGGUCCAGGGCCCCCAGUGAACAAUAACUCGGAAGGCGCAGUCGCCAGUCCUCCUCGAGAUGAUAAUCAUAAUGCUCAACAGCCUCCCGCCGUCACUCCUCGGGCUAGGCAGCUCAACCCUGCAGAAGCACUAAAGCUGUACGGAGACAGGCUAUCGGAAUGGGAGAGGAACGAGGUGAGGAAGUACCCGGAGAUCUGGUUCCUGGGACUGGAAGCUAACAAGGUGCAAGCCAGGGCUAACCUGCCCAACAACUGCGGAUUUGAUGAUGAAAACGGUAGCUAUAAUAAGCAAAUCCACGACCACAUAGCCUACAGAUACGAGAUCCUCGAAGUGAUAGGCAAGGGAUCCUUCGGCCAGGUGAUCAGGGCCCACGACCACCGCAACGGCACGCAAGUCGCCAUCAAGAUCAUCAGGAACAAGAAGCGGUUCCACCAUCAGGCCCUGGUGGAAGUCAGGGUGUUGGACCAUCUGCGGCUGAAGGAUAAGGACCAAGCGCACAAUGUGAUACAUAUGCUGGAUUAUUUCUACUUUAGAAAUCAUUUGUGUAUCAGUUUUGAGCUUAUGAGUAUCAACCUAUACGAGCUGAUCAAGAAGAACAACUACCAGGGCUUCAGUCUGAGCCUCAUCAGGAGGUUCGCGAGCUCCCUCCUACGGUGUCUCAGGCUGCUGGAAGCGGAGAGCAUCAUACACUGUGACCUCAAACCUGAAAAUAUCCUCCUCAAGGCGCGAGGCAGUUCCUCCAUCAAGGUGAUAGACUUCGGCAGCUCGUGCUACACGCAUGCGCGGGUCUACACCUACAUCCAGUCGAGGUUCUACAGGAGCCCUGAGGUCAUACUGGGGCUGCAGUACGGGACCCCUAUUGAUAUGUGGAGUAUGGGAUGCAUCCUAGCGGAACUCCACACGGGCUACCCGCUGUUCCCGGGGGAGAAUGAAUCAGAACAGCUAGCCUGCAUCAUGGAGCUGCUAGGACCACCUCCUCCAGACCUGCUGCUCCAUGCCACCAGGAAGAGACUGUUUUUCGACUCAAAAGGCGCGCCGCGCAGCAUCACCAACUCGAAGGGGCGCAAGCGGAGGCCCGGCACGCGGACCCUGACCACUAUAGUGCGCUCAGACGACCCCGCCUUCCUGCACUUCCUACAUAGAUGUCUCGAGUGGGACCCAAAACGGCGAAUCACCCCAACGGAGGCCUCGCGCCACGAGUUCGUCACGGGCUGCGCGCUCGGCACAGCCCCUGCUGGGGUGCUCGCGCUACCCCGUCUCGCACCCCCUCGCCCCACAAGGGGGGCUCUCCUGCACUCGCAGUCGGCGGGCGACGUGGCUGCCAUGCUGGGCCGCGCGUGA